GUAACACGGGGUAAACAGCAUGUGCAUUCCCUGUCUAAAUAUAACUCUUGGGAUGCUUGCUGGGAGAAGUCUGAUUUCAGCUUGUGUAGAUACAGGAAGAACCCGGCUGCCCAAUACUUGUGCUUCGUGCCCUUCCUGUUCUUCUGUGCCCUGCACAACGUCACCAGAGCUUUCAGGGUUCUGCAAACAUGCCAGCGCCCCAAAAACGAAUCAGAUUCCGGGACAGGAAUAACGUUCUGGCAAGACCGGAGUUUAUGUCUCUUAACCAACCCAUAGGUGCUCCACCAGAAGCCAGGAACUCCAACAAGAAGCCAAGUGGGCAAGGUAGCAGCAACUCCAGUGAGAAUGCCAGGGAGCGGCGGCAAAGCCAACAGCUACCAGAAGAAGACUGCAUGCAACUGAACCCAUCAUUCAAAGGUAUCGCCUGGAACUCUCUUAUGGCCAUCGACAUCUGCUUGUCCAAACGUCUGGGUGUCUGUGCCAACAGCACCUCUUCUUGGGGAGGUGCCAGAUCCAUGGUUAGACUGAUUGGGAUAACCAGUCACGGCUUUCCCUGGAUUGGGGGGACCCUGUUGUGCCUGUGGAAGAGCAGCACCCUGGCAGGGCAAGAAGUGCUGAUGAACCUUCUUCUUGCCUUGAUGCUGGACAUCCUGACGGUGGCUGGAGUGCAGAAGCUUUUUAAGCGACGUGGCCCCUAUGAGAUGACUCCUGGAGUUCUAGACUACCUGUUACUUGACGUCUAUGCUUUUCCUGCAGGACAUGCCAGUCGAGCCACCAUGGUGUCUAAGUUUUUCCUCAACCACCUAGUGCUCGCUAUCCCUCUCCGCAUACUUCUGGUCCUGUGGGCCUUCAUUGUUGGCCUGUCCAGAAUCAUGAUUGGGCGCCAUCACAUUAGCGACGUUCUUGUUGGGUUUAUCAUUGGCUACAUGCAGUUUAACCUCGUGGAGGCUCUAUGGCUCUCAUCCAACACUUGUCAGAUGUUGGCCUCUCUAUGUCUAUGGUGAGACAGACAUUAUAAUUGCACUGGUUGGCCAAGUGAAGAAAGCCAUCAUUGGACUCUAGAAAGACCUUUAAGGACAAUGUAAAGACAUAGUAGUUGAAGUUGGGAAAAGGGGCACGUCUGUCUAGUUUGGCCACUGGAAAGCACUGGAAGUGUAGCAGAAGAUAGUUCUACCUAUAUCUCUAGACAUAAUACCUGUGAUACCACCUACAUUUUGAACACAUUUCAUCAAAAAUCCUCUUCAUUAUGAGUACUGGAGAAUCUCUCAGUGGGCCCAAGUCAAGGACCAUUGCCAUCAGGACUUAUUUAUUUCUACCAUAGGACUAUAUGACAUCAAUGACAUUCAACAUGGUGCACAUCUAAUUGUUAUGAGGGUGGGCCCUCAAAGUCAACUUCUCUGGUAGGCGAUAGAUGGCAUAGUCUGAUUACCAUAACACUAUACUGAAAUGAUUUGUUCCCCAUCUUUGGGCCAUGCCAUUAACAGGCCAGGUUUUUUCCAUACUAGAAAAUAAUUUUAAACACAGAUAAACCUGAGCAGCAUUGUGUAGUGGAAAUAUGUAGAAGUUAAGGGAGACAUGUCUUAAAUUAUUGCUGUAGAGAGGGUGUGGAUGGGAGGGCUUAAAAGAGAACUCCACCCAAAAACUGUCUUUAUGUCCUUAUGUAAAGAAACAGGUUUUGGGUGGCGUUCUUUAAAUCUACUGCAAUCCUGCCCUGUCUACUUCUCUUUCAUUGUUCUUACAGAGUAGGAGGAUUUGAAUGAAGAAUAGAAGGUGGCAAAGUCUUGUGGGGAUGUUGAAUGAUUCAAGGGGUCCUGUAUCUAGUCUUCUCUCUAGAUAGUAAAAGAUGGCAAUGCCAGCGUGGAGCUAUAGGUGGAAUUUGAACGUGAUGGGUGGAGAAGCAGUAAAGCUGCUUCCUAGUUAUUGGUGCAAAGGUGGAAGCAGUCACAGAGUGGUAAGAAAUGUCUUUUAUGUUUCAGCACCAAUACUAGUCAAUAAAGAUGUUGUUAAGAGAACCAGACAUGCUGUUUUCUGUUCUAUGAUGACAGUAUGGCCGGCUUUCUUUUGUGCUGAUCUUUUGUUUAAACAGCACAUGCUAAAUGCCGAGCUGUAGCUUCUCUAUUUCAUUAUCUGCCAAAGCCCCCUGAACUGAGCAACAUGAUGCACUGGCACAUUAUAUUUUCCAUCUGAUUCCCAAACUGACAAAGCUACAUGGGGUGCAAGUUAGGAGAUGGAUAGGGGUGCAAGCAGAUCUGUAUUCACGAAGCCACUGCUCCAUUUAGGAAACAGAGACCUGUGCCAAUUUAAAUAAUGAAUAGUGAUAUAAUGAAUGUGCCUUCCACUUAAUAAAUGAACCCUGGGUCUUA